UUGAUAUUUCUCAAUGUCAGUUUGGUUAUACGAAUGAUGCUUAUUCAACUAUCAUAAAUGCCAAUUAUCGAGGUGAUGUGGCAUUUCUCUAUAAAGUUGGUGAUGAUUUGAAUCUAAAUGGUGGUGGUGAAAUUUCUUGCUGUCUUAAUGGAAUGUCUGAUGAAGUUUCUAUCCCAUUUAAUCAAUUAUAUCCUACAAUUUUGCAAACGGACCCAUCAGGUGGAAAAUUUACUAGUUUACGUUCUCUCACCUUGAUCCCUGAUGCUUCCGAAGAUUCCUCAAAAUUGCCCAAAAUUGAGUCCGAAAUUGAAAGAUUAUGGUUUAAUAAAAAUGGUGUUCGUAAUGAACUCGCUAAAGAUAACAGACAAAAAUCAAGGUUUAGUCUGGCUAUGGAUAAUGUCAAUCUCAGAUUUAGAAAUAAACAUGGUGAUGUCGUUGCAUUAAAAGGUGAUGACUGUUGGGAAAUGGCAAAAAGUGAUGCUA